AUGCUUCUAAACCUCCCAAAGCAAAAGGAAACUGUGUCUCAAUCUGAUACUUCUUCCAAACAGGCAGCUGAUCUGAUACCUGAAGUCAUGGAUAAAGGUGCAAAUCCUGUUGUUGUGAAUCAGCUUCUUACUAAAGUUGUUACCUCUUCUGUGAAUUCUGGAGCUGAAGUACUAUCAAAAAAUACAAAUGAAGUGGUCUCUGCAGCUGAUACAAAUAGUGUUGUGCAUGUUCAGCCUGUUUUGAAUUUUAACAAAGGAAAAGAUGCUGUACUCCCUGGUAGUUCUUGGCCUCAAGUGCACAGAAAUAAAAGUAAAGGAGUUAACCCCUUCUCUCCUCUCACUAACUUGAUUUCUGCAUUGGACCCCUCAACAAUUGAUAGAGGGGCUCUUAUGGAAACUAAACUAAAGCUGGUUAAAGUUCAGGCAAUAGCUAAUAAAAUUGCUAUAAACUGGAAGUGUGUCUCAAAUGCUAAUAACUCAGAUAAAGCCAGGAUUAUGAUUCUGUGGGAUCCAAAUAUCUUAGAUGUGCAUAUCAUUGGCUCUUCAGCUCAACAUGUUACCUGUGCAGUUAAUUCUUUGGAUGGAGGGUUAACUUGUGUUAUUUCCUCUGUUUAUGGCUUCAAUCAUUCUGAUGGGAGAAAGUCAUUAUGGACAGAUUUAUCCCAGAUACAGCAUGCUUUUGGGACUUUACCUUGGCUGCUCUGUGGUGACUUCAAUGCUAUGAUUAGUGAAGAUGAAAAAUUGGGUGGCACAACUCUAUCUGAAACUGAUACCAGGGAUUUUAAUCAUUUCAUUGAUAAGAAAACUAUUGCGCUUCAGAUUGUUCUUCUACUCCACCUGCAAGGCACUCCUACUGAGAAUCUUCUGGUUCUUGUACGAUUCCGUACUGAGGUAGAAUUUCUUCUUCCUAGUUUUUCUGAUCACUCUCCUGCUUUUAUUUCUAUCUUUGAGGAUCAAGUGCAAGUCUCAUCCAUAUGGAAUACUUCUAUUGUUGGCCACACCAUGUUUUCUGUCUGUUCAAAGUUAAAGCUCCUGAAAACAGCUCUGAAGGAUCUCAACAAAAGACAUUUUUGUAAUAUCAGUGAGCAGGUUCUUAGAGCAAAGGUGGAUCUGGAAAAUGCUCAAAAGGCUUUAUUAUCUGACCCUUUUAAUGCUUCUCUCAUAAAUCAAGAAAAAGAAAAAGGUUUUAUUACUACUUUCAACAAACUUUUGGAGUGUGAGUUAUCAUUCUAUCAACAAAAAGCUAGAAUCAAAUGGAAUCUUAAAGGGGACAGAUGCACAAGGUUUUUUCAUUCUGUUAUCAAAAGUAACAGACACCAAAAUAGAAUUAUGAUCCUGUAUAACAAUAAUGGAGAUAGAAUUACUGAGGGAGAUGAAAUUGCUAUGGAGCUUGUUUCUUACUAUAAAUCCUUGUUUGGAGCCUCAGUCACUACUAUUGAUCCUGACAUUGACAUAAUUCAUAAAGGCCCCUGUCUUAAUGAUCUUCAAGCUAGAGAACUAUCAAAGCCAGUUACAAAAGAAGAAAUUAGGAGUGCUAUCUUUUCCAUGCCUGAUGACAAGGCACCAGGUCCUGAUGGGUAUAAUGCAGCCUUCUACAAAUCUGCUUGGUCUAUUGUGGGAGAUGAAAUCACUCAAGCUAUUGAAGGUUUCUUCAAAUCAGGAAAAUUAUUGGGGACUGUCAAUUCAACAGCAAUCACUCUCAUUCCUAAGGUGAAAUGUCCUACAAAUCCUGCUUAUUUUCGACCAAUCUCUUGCUGCAACUGCAUUUACAAGUUCAUUUCAAAGAUUCUAGCAAACAGAAUAUAA